AUGGCAGUAAGUCCGCCAUUGCAGAACCGUUUGGACCUGUUUCGAGAAAAGAAGAAAAGCGCCAUUCGAGAGAAUGACACUGCAGUACAACAAGAGCUAAAAAAACAGCGUGAUCGUUCCACAUACAACGAAAGCCUCGAAGAAGAGGGUCCUAAAGAUGAUCGGGAAUACACCCUUCAAGAAUGGAAAGAGUGGGCACAAAAGAAGGGGAGAACCAAAGGCGGCUACAAAAACCUCGACGAGCUUGCUCACGCAACUUAUGAAAAGGAGAUUGCUGGUUUGGCGGACAAGGAGAAGUAUGCUAAGCUGAAGGAAGGUGGUCAGGAGGACAUCGAGAGCAUGGUUCAAGGCCUCCAAGAGGCCAGUGAAAGAAGACUUAAGAAAAGAAGAAAAGAGCCAAUGGAAAGCAAUUCUGUUAAUGAGAAGAAUAGGCAAUUCAACAUGAAGCUAGAGAGGGAGGCCAAAGAGCAUAGGUAA